AUGUUCAUAUUGACUGUGUUAGAGGGAAUGAUCUUACUAUUUUAUGUAGGAUAUUUAGUUCGAGAGUACUCAUAAUAACAAGUACCAUUCUAUGUGAAAUUAUUAACAUACAUUUCAUGGAUCCUUUCUUUUGGAAUUGUAUUUAUCAUACCCCAUGAUAUCUAUUACACAAUGAAUGAUUAUGGUGAUGGCUAUGAUUACACUGUGUUAUUAUGGAAAUGGAUAUAUUGGGGUAACUUCAUAUUAUGUUGGUAAAAUUAUUUCAUUUAUUCGUUUUAGGCUAAUAUUACCAAUUUGUUAGGAAUAUGAAGAUGCAGGUGAAUUCACUUGUAAAGACAAAUUAAUAAGAUCUAUUAAGAACAAUUUAAUUAUCUAUGCUUAUUUUUUAUUGUUUGGUUUAAUCUUUAUAGCCUACUUAGCUAUAUUCAACAAACUGGACUUUAACUCAAUUUUAAAAGUGUUAGUUGCUUUAGCUUAUGCUUUGUAUUUAUAUAUUUUAUUCUAAGUGGUAUCUUAUUAGUUGUUAUAUUGUUGGGACAUGGUUUAGUAGCAAUCCCAAGAGAAUAUUGGAGAAAAGCAUAAUAUCAGAAAUGUUUAAAGGCACUUUAUUUAGAGGCUGCCCAAAUUAAUCAUGCCAUAUAAGAACUAUAUAUAUAGUUAUUCAAUAUGACUAUUGAAUUGAUAUAAAAUAAAUAAAGCAAUCCAAACUAAUAAUGUAUAGACUAUAUAUUAAAUGAAGUAAAAUAAAUUUAUAUUAUCUAAGAUUCCAUAUGAAAUUAUUGAAGAUGCUUCUCAUAAGACUUUAGAGAUUAAUGAUGUAAAAUAACUAUCAUCUUUUUGUGAAAUUAAUAAGAAAGCUAAAAAGAAGGCUGCUGAAUAUAAAAGAGCUUAAACUAAAUGGGAGCAUAUCUGUAGUGAAUGUUUUCUUUUAGAAGAUAUGAUUGAUAAUGAAUUCAGUGUACAUUACAAAAUUAGAUCAACUCUUAGAUAUCCAAAAUCUGGACAAUUUGGUCAUUAUAUAGAUGUAUUACAAUGGUUAUGGUACACAAAAAUAAAGAAGGCUUAUUUAUUAUCAUUAUGUGUGAUAUUCUCAAUAUUAUCUAGUAUUGUAAUAUUGUCAGAAAUUUCAUGCUUUACUGAAUUUGACUUUAAUAUUCUUAGUAGAAUAAUUAAUGUAAAUGGAUUUAUUCAUACAUAAAUAUCAAUCUUAAUACCUUUGAUGUAUAUUUCAUUUUGUGCAUUUUAUGGACUAUUUCAUAUUAACUUUGCUGGAAUGUAUGGAUUUUAUAAUCACUAAUAAACUGAUGCACCUAGUUUGAUGUUUGGUUCUAUGUAAUUAUUAUCUUUUUAUUAUUAAUAGUAAUUUUUCAAGAGUAUCCUUUCCUUUGACCUUUAAUUUCCUACAAAUGAUUCAUAUUUAAGGUACUCCUUUUGAAGAUGUGGUUGGCAAUAUGGAUACUAGUUCUGUAUUAGGGAUGUCAUUUUCUUAUUCAUUGCCUAUACUAUUGAUUAUGGCAUCUAUUUUCAAUUUCUUUGAAGUCUAUGAUAAAAUACUUUAAGUAGUUGGAUUACCUUAAUUCAAAUUUUCAUAAACUUAGUUUAAUAGUGAAGAAGGAGAACGAUUAAUCUGUAAGGCCAGAGUAAAGAGAGAAAGAGAUAUAUUGAAUAAAGUUGGCAUAAAAUUUUUGGAUUAAUGUGAAAUGCGGGAAUUGGAUAGCAGAAUGAUUUAAUUUGUAUGA